GUUCCGUAGCCAGCGCGAUCAGCGCGAUCUCAACUAUAACACGUAACUCUGAGGAAACCAAGUGGUGUGAGAUACUCGAUCAAUCACACUGAGCUUAUUUCACGUCUGCUGUCCACGGGCAUGCAAUGAGGAUCCGUUCGAGUGGUAUACAACUUUGUGAGGAAGCUUGCAGCUGAAUGACACAUCUUAACGAGGGACGAUAUCAUGGUGAGAAUCAGACUGAGGAGUUACGGUGUCAGGCUGGAUAUAUUGUGCGUUGUUGCAUGUCUAAGUACUCUCCAAGCGAUCUUUGUAAGCUCUCACAGGUGAUCUUCUUUUAUCCAUCUCAUACUUCAUACUUUCAACUCUUGAUAUCACAGGGCCAAUGUUCGUAAUCUACUGGACUUUCUUCACUGUGUCAUUGCUGCUACAUGUUUGGCCACUGUGUACCUUGAUGUCAUUCUUAGUUUAUCAGAAAUUCUUGGCCCUAUAACUUCACUGUCACUAACUAUAGAAUUAUGAUGCACAUAAGCGAUAGAGAAGUUUCAAUAGAGCAAUUUCUUUGUCUGGUUCAAUUACAGGAAUUAUAUCAAUUUGAACUCUACGGUCAGGCCAUUACUUCAUGAACAUUCCAUUGAGGUUCUCAAGCAGAAUGACUUCGGAGGGUACACCGUUCCUGCCCUCGGCCUUUAUCCUUUCCAGUGGAACUGGGAUGCUGGGUUUAUCGCAGCCGGCUGGGCUGCGUUUGAUGUGGACAGAGCAUGGGAAGAGAUGGAAACACUGUUUAGUGGUCAAUGGGCUGAUGGAAUGAUUCCAUCUAUCCUCUUUUGGAAAGCAUCAGAUACAUAUUUUCCCGGUCCUGAGAUAUGGGGAACAAAAGAGAAUCCAAGUAAUAGUACAGGCAUCACUCAGCCUCCCAUAGCUGGAGUGAUUGUUCGUUAUUUAUAUGAUUGUACUGCCCGUACCAACAGGCGAUUAGCACAGCAAAAGGUUUCGAAGUUGUUUCCAAAAAUUCUCGCAUAUCAUCGUUGGUGGUACAAGGCAAGAGAUCCUCUCAAUACAGGACUUGUUGCUAUCAUCCAUCCUUGGGAAUCCGGCAUGGACAACAGUCCUGCAUGGGAUGAGGCCCUUCAUGCAUUUCCAGUUGACGACAUUCCACCCUACGAGCGCGAAGACUUGAAACAUGUCAAUGCCUCCAUGCGGCCAUCGAAAGACACUUACGAUCAUUACCUCACUCUGUUAUACAGGUUCAAAGCUGCUAACUACGAUCCAGAGAAGCUCUACUGGAUGUCACCCUUUCGAAUGACUGACCUUUGUACCAACAGCGUUUUGUUCCGAGCCAACCGUGAUAUGAGAUUUUUGGCUCGGAUGUUGGGGAAGAAGGAAGAGGUCAGAGAAAUAAAUACCUGGUUAAGGAAAGGUAAGGAGAGAUUUCAGUGGUUAUGGGACAUGGACUCUGGACUUUUCAAGUGCGAAAAUCAGCUCACCGGAAAGCUCUCCAGUGCACGAAUAUCUGGAGCUUUCCUCCCGCUUUUCGCAGGAGUGGCUUCACAAGAUCAGGCGGCCGCGCUAGCGUCAAAUCUGAAACUUUGGAUAGAUGAAGUGAAGUUUGGUGUACCAAGCGCUGAUCCUGCGGGUCCUGUGUUCGACCCUGUAAAAUAUUGGUCUGGUCCACUCUGGAUCAACAUCAACUGGAUGAUAUCCUCGGGCCUCCGCCACUACGGGUACAACGAGCUUGCAGAGAAGAUUGAAAUGGACUCUCUGACGGUCAUAUCAGAAUCUGGUUUGAGAGAAUACUUCAAUCCUAGAACAGGUGAAGGAGCUGGUGGUGAGUCCUUCUCGUGGACCGCAGCUUUGUACCUCGCAUGGCUCGACGGUGAAGUCCUCUAGAAUUCGUUCUGAGUGCGUCAUGGCCCGAUGUAUAGAUCUAACUCUGAGCAAUGGAAGAUCACACGUUGAAUAAGAGCAAGAAAUCUGACGAAUGCUUCAUUUGCUUCCAAGAAAUGGUG